CACGUUGACAGAACAUUAGUCAGUUUUGUAAGAAUCUGUUUUAUUUUAUUUUUAAUAAAUAAUAAAACAUUAAUAGAGCCCAUAAUAUUUCGGAUUUGCUUAAGUAGCAGCUGAAAACUAGGCAAAAGCCAAUAUUGACGAGGCAACGACUCUAGGCUACGAUAUUGAGGCUUGGCAGCUGAUGCGUGGCAGCGACACCAUAAAAUACGUAAAAGUGAAACAAUAGUUAUUAAUUAGCAGAAUACCAAAAAUAAAAUGCGCGACGAGCAGCUGAUAAACCAAAGCAGCAACAAAAAUAACACUAGCACUACACGUAUUCCCACCGCUACCACCAACAACUACAACAAAAUGACAUCUUCAAAGCUGUUAAUUGGCCUGUUGGUAACAACAGUGCUGAUGAAGUGCGCCGCCGCCGUGGAAUUCACCUUUGAUUUGGCGGACAACGCAGAGGAUUGUUUUCAUGAGGAAAUUAAGCGCAAUACGAGCGCCUAUUUUGAAUUCCAAGUAUCCGCUGGAGGCCAGCUAGAUGUGGAUGUUGUGCUUAAGAAUCCAGAAGGUCAGGUCAUCUAUUCGCUGGAGCGUGCUACCUUUGAUAGUCAUCAGUUCACAGCGGAGACGACUGGAGUUUAUACAGCAUGCUUUAGCAACAAAUUCUCAGCGUUCUCGCACAAAAUCGUCUACGUGGACUUUCAAGUUGGCGAGGAAGCAGCACUGCCCGGCGUCGAUGAGCACGCCACGGUGCUCACACAGAUGGAAACUUCUUCCCAAGCGAUACACAAGGCCCUCAACGACAUACUCGACUCACAGACACAUCACCGUCUGCGCGAGGCGCAGGGACGCAAACGCGCCGAAGAUCUUAACCAACGUGUCAUGAUCUGGUCGUCGCUGGAGACGGGUGCCAUUGUAUUCAUUGGUGUUUUGCAAAUCUUAAUAUUGCGCAACUUCUUUACGGAUCGCAAGCCCAGCCAAACGCACUAUGGCCGUCUCUAAACGCCGUGUAACGGAUGGAAAGCAUGGAGGCCGCAGGAGGAAUAGUUCACAAACACCAUCUCCACCUAUUUUAUUCAUAAUAUUAGUUUCGCAAAAGCUGUUAUCUUGCUACCUCCCAAAGUCCAUUCCCAAAUUCGAUUAUCAAGUUGCCGUGCUUUGCAGCACUAAGCCGAAGCCCAAAAUCUGAAAGGAAUUUGUUUUUUUUUUUCACUCUUUUUAAAAAUAUAAACAAGCAAAAUUA